GAGGUCAGCGUGCAGCAAUAUUUCACUAACCUCAGCUGCGAUGGAUGGUGAAAAGGUCGAGAGCUUGUCUGGUCAGCCAUUGCCUGAUGCGACCAUUCCAUUGGACUCCAAUGGCGCACACAGUGGCGACAGCGAAGUGAAGAAACGAGCGAGAAGUAACAGCCCCAAUAGGGAAGCUGCCGAAGGUGCUGCGAAGCGUCAGAAGGGUGUUGCGCCCAUCAAAGCAGAAUACCUCAUUCACCGCACUGAUGCCAAGGUUGAGACAAAGGACGCAAUCGUUGAUGAUGAUGCAGCUGAAGCCGCAGACGACCGCUAUCACAAGGGUGAUGCGCGCGACGGUGGAGGUAAGGGGAAGAAAGACAAGAAAAACAACAAGAAGCAAAAAGGUGGACAGAACACCAGCCGGACAUUCGGCAGCUCUCGCGAUAAACUUCCACUCUGCGGAACGCGGAUGCUCAGCAACGAAUUCUCUCCAAAAGAAUGCAGCUUUGGCGAUAAGUGCAGGUUUGAACACGAUCUCCGCAGGUACCUAAAGGAAGGCCGCCGUGAGGAUCUUACCACUUUCAACGGCAAGUGCCCGAUUCACGAGGUCAAGGGAUACUGCCAUCUCGGUUGGAAGUGUCGAUUUGUUGGCAGCCACUCCAAAGAGCGUGACGCUGAAGACGGAAGGAAGGAGCUGGUUCUGAUCGAAGAUUCUGAACGUACGUCAACAAUGGUGAACCUUGAGGACGAGGUCGAUGUUACGAACGUUGUGUCCAAAGACGUCAAGAUUGGCCUUGCAAAACGAAAGAUCGAAACUCCGCGCUCGGACCAGUACAUGAAGUGGAUUGAUUCGAACAAAGACAACGAGCGUGCUAUGUUCGAUUCGGCAGCAGGCGACAACAAAGCAUUGAAAGAAGAGAAAGAAGCCCGGAGAGCAGAAUUUAUCGAAGCACCCUUCCGACCAUCUGAGAAGCGGAGGUUAUACUAUGGACCGGAAACACCAAGUUUGGCACCUCUCACUACUCAAGGGAAUAUGCCAUACCGCAGGCUCUGCGUGGAUCUUGGGUGCCAGAUAACAUGGAGUGAGAUGGCUAUGGGUAUGCCUUUGAUUCAAGGCGAAAGAGGCGAGUGGGCGCUCAUGAAGGCACAUGAGUCCGAAAUCAGCCCACCAAAGUUCCUUCAGAAGAACACAGUCGUCCAAGGCUACGACAACGCCAGUGACAUGAAGUUCGGCGCUCAGAUUGCGGCAAACAAACCAUGGCUAGCCGCGAAGACUGUAGAAGUCUUGACCGACCAUUGCCCUAAGCUCCGAGCUAUCGACUUGAACUGCGGAUGUCCCAUCAACCUUGUCUGCGAGAAGGGCGCCGGUUCUGCUUUGCUCGAUCAAGACUCCAAGCUUGAGAGCAUCCUGCGCGGUAUGACAUACGUGUCAAAGGAGACACCCAUUACCGUCAAGAUCCGCAUGGGCACGAAGGAUAACAACCCCACUGCCACAAAGCUGAUCAGACGUCUUGUCCUCGGUGGCUAUGAGGCCGUCCAGUCCGGCAAAGGCACCUCUGGUAUUGCGGCCAUCACACUUCAUGGCAGGAGUAAGCAGCAGCGCUACUCCAGAAGCGCAGAUUGGUCGUACAUUGCUGAAUGUGCAUCGCUCAUCAAGCGACUUAAAAGCGAGAAAGAUGCACGAACAGACACAACUGCAGAAGCUGAUCCUCGUGAUCUUGCCAACGGUGGCCAUGUGUACUUUGUUGGCAACGGCGACUGCUACUCCCACGAAGACUACUACAACAACAUUAACAACUCCGGUGUCGACUCUGUCUUGAUCGGCCGCGGGGCCCUGAUCAAGCCUUGGAUCUUCGAGGAGAUUGAGAAGGGCCAGUACCUCGACAAGUCCGCCACCGAACGCCUGACCUACAUCGAGAAAUUCGCCAAGUACGGUCUGCAAACCUGGGGUUCCGAUGAGAUGGGCAUUGGUACGACACGUCGUUUCUUGCUCGAAUGGCUCAGUUUUGCUCAUCGAUACGUCCCUGUGGGCUUGUUGGAGCACCUACCGCCAAACAUUCAGGAUCGACCACCGAGGUUUAAGGGCAGGGAUGACUUGGAGACACUGAUGGCCAGUGAGAACUACAAGGACUGGAUCAAGCUCAGCGAGAUGUUCCUUGGUCCCGCCCAUCCGAACUUCAAGUUCGAGCCUAAGCACAAGUCCAAUGCUUACGAGAUCGAGGCAGAAGGCUGAGCGAGGAGAUGUUUACUAUAACGGUUGCGCUCUCAUUGAUUUCGUGUACCUUACCUAUGUACGUGCCGCCGGCAUCAUUCGGAU